AGGGACAGCCGCAAUGGCCGACUCGGAGAAAUUCUUGGGAAACCAGAUUCAGGUGUAUUUAUAGUCAGGUUGUCAGGCAGCCUGUACUUGGUGAGAGCUGCAGUCUGAUGGUAGGCUGGACAGAACCACAGCACAUCUCAGAGUCAACUGCCAGACAACCAGUUGAGACAGCUGGAGUUCACUUUACGGGUUAACGGAGAUGGAGAAAGGGAAGUCUCGUGUCCCUCAGGCCAGCAGUGUGGCAAAAAACCAAGGAAAAAGCGCAGGUCCUGGCAAAGUGGCCUUUAUGUCAGGAGGAGGUAUCAAGUGUGAGGAAAACGAUACCCCUGACAAGACAGACCAGGAAGGAGACAGGAAAGCUGGCCCUCCAGAUAAGAAUGGUAAAACAGGAAUUCAAAAGAUUUCCAUGUCAAGUGCUGCCCAGGGGAAUAACCUGAUGAAGGAAAACAGUCCACGAACACCUACCGACGGUGGAAAGGAGAAAACCAUUACUUCACUGAAAGAUCACAAAUCUGAGGGAGAUGUAAUGGUGGAGAACGAUGACAGUCCCUUGGACCAAGAAGGGACAAAGGCUUGCAUCAGUUUCUCAAUCUCCAAGAGACAGAAGUCCAAGCUAGUCUCUUUGGCUCCAUUUCAGAAGGAUGACCCAGAGGGAGUUGACCCUUCUGAGGCAUCUGGUUCAGAAGUACCUAAGGAGACUGAGGGUGAAGAGCUAGAUGAAAUCAACAAAACACAGAAUGAGCAAAGUGGGUUUGGGACUACUCAACAGAAUCUGAACCUAAGUUCCUUCAUGAAAGUCAAGAGUAAGGAUGAGACUAUUGAACUGGAUUGGCCCAUGGAAAUGGUUCAGUAUACAAAAAUAGAACCUAGUAUUUCAUUUUGUUGCAAUCCCUUGUACUUUGAUUUUGCCACUCUUUUGAAAGCUUUUGAAAACAGACAUUGCACAGGCAAUGUGAAAACUGAAACCCCAGUAUUAUUAACAGAAGGGAGUGAUGGUCCCAGCACUAAUAAUGUCCCUGAACAGAUUGAAUGUGCUAAAGAAGUUUUAGAUAAGUCUGAAGGAGUAGAUAUAUUGGCUGGUGGUGAUCAGGCUGUCAGUGAUAAACUACUUACUCAUAAACAUUCAAAACAUAGAAAAAAGCAUAGGUCAAAAAAGAAAAGAAAGAAAAGGAAAAUUAAGAGAGAGAUGGAUAAAGUCGAACAGCCUGGUGAUGAAGAUGUAAAAGAAGUGAAGAAGAAGAAAAAGAAAAAAAGACAUAAGCACAAGCAUCAUGAUAAUGCUGAAAAUAAUCCUGAUGGUAACCCAGCUGAAAAAGUGGAUAAAAGCGCAAGAAGAAAAAGAGCAGUAAAGAUAAAGUUGAAGUGUCUGCGGAGGGAGGGGAUGGAGUUACCAGUAUUGAUGUCGGUGUUAAAGGUGACAAAGUAAAAUAAACACAAGAAGUCAAAGAAAUCAAGCAAACGGAAGCGUGACACGGAAGCUGAUGUCGAAAAUGUUGAAGCAGAGCUAGUAAAAACAGGAGAAAAGGAAUCAACUACUGAAGGAAACCAUGGUAGGGAGAAGCAUUCCAGACAUCGCUCUAAGAGAAGGAAGGUCAAGAAAGCUAAAAAAUCAGAGAAGAAGGAAACUGACCCUACUGAAUGUGAUACACAGAACAACAACGAUGUCAUAAAUGAGGAAGGUGCUAAGAUUCUUGUGGCGCCAAGCACAGUGGACAUCAACUCCAAACCAAUGGCUAAACCAGAUACUGAUGCAGAUGCGAAACAGGUAAAAAGUAAAACAGGUAACAUUGAAGCAAGUGAAAGAAAACGGAAGAUUUCUGGAUCUUCAGAUAUGAAGGAUAUUGAUGUUUGUAGUGAGGCUAAAGUAAAGAAAGGAAAAAGUCCAAUCGUUAAGCAAGAGCUAGGCGACAUAAUAAAAGGAAAGCAAGCCAAACAGCAUGAUAUCCGUCAUCAAGUUAAGAUUGAAAUGACCCAGAAAGCAAAGCCUGUCUUCAAGGAAACCUGUUCAAACGAUAGUAAAAGUAUAACCGAUGAAAGUGGGAAAGUUGCAUCAGAGCAUCAAGUUACGGAGAAGCCUGAAAAUAGUUGGAAAGACAUAGAAGACAUGAUUGAGGAGAAAGGUGACGAGGUUGAAGUAAAGCCGUCUUGGGACACAAGUGACAGUGAACUGGAAAAUUCUCUUGAUCUCAGAGAAAAGGCGUCCAUUAAAAGAAGCAAGCAUAAUGUAAAAAGUAAAAACCAGAAUGCCUCCCAUGGAUUGACUUCUAAGGAAACUGGUGGAAAACUAUCUAGCGCGGAGCAUCCCAAACCAAGCGCGUCAGAAGGAUCCCGCCAUCGUCGGAGUUACUCCUCGAGUAGCAGGUCCUCGUAUUCAAGAUAUUCUUCAGAUAGCUACGAUUCUCGGUCAAGAUCAUUUUCUCGCUCUAGUUCACGCUCGUACACGCGGUCAAGGUCCUACUCAGGAAGGAGGCAUAAACAUAGAAGUUAUUCACAUAGUAGUAGGUCGUAUUCUAGAUCAAGGAGUCGUACACGAUCAAGAGGACGUUCUCGUAGAAAAAGGUCUUACACAAGAAGCCGGAGUCGUUCAUAUAGCAGCAGUAGUUACUCCAGCAGAUCUCGCUCAUAUUCUAGGUCUCGCUCAAGUUCAUGGUCAAGAUCCAGAUCAUGGUCAUCAAGACGAGGAAGGUCGCGGUCGUCGUCGUUUUCAAGUUCAUCACGAUCGCGGUCAAGGUACAGGUCUGGCAAGAAACGAUACAGCAAGAAAAAAACUGUUGUUCACAAGGCGAGAGACUCUUCGUCAGAGGAUGAAAAAUCCGAGACAAGCAAAUCUAAGGAUUUAGGUAAGGGAGAUGUCGUUGAUAUCCCAUUGCCUGAAGCGCCGAUAUUCGGUAAAGAUGAUGUCACCCCUCAAACUCAGAGAGUUUUACAAAAACUCAAGGAGAAAAAGCAAAUGUUAAAUGACCCAGAGAAGGCCAAGAUACUGAACCAAGGUGCUGCGGAAACUGUUGUGGACAAGAUUGAAGCAUCGAAGCAGAAGAAUAAAGCUGAUGGCCAGAAGGAUUCUCCAAGCGAUAAGACUCUAAUUGACAUACCCUUACCCGAAAAGACUGUUGAUGCCGAUCAGUGUGGAGAGUCCUCAGCCGUAAAACCUGCUGAUGGUGACCUCUCUAAAAUCGCCACCCCAAUCACACCAAACGCUUCACAGUCAAACUCGUCCUCAAACCAACAAAUGCCAUUAUUAGCACCGCCACCACCUCCCCCACCCGGUGCCCAUAGAUAUCCUGCUGGAUACCAAAGACCACCAUUUCCAACAAAUCAGAGACCCCCCAUUUCCAGGAGCGCCUCCAUAUCCGAUAGAAUGCCAUUUCACCGUGGUGACCGACCACCUUUUCCGCAUGGUGACAGGCCACAAUUUCCAGGUGGUAGACCACCAUUUCCUGGUGAUCGACAACCUUUUCCAGGGCGAUUUCCCCCACGUGGAGACUUCAGACCAGACAUGUGCAGGAUGCCACCCCCAUGUUUUAACCAACGCGGUCCUCCACCGAGGAUGCCGCCACCUGGGUUUGGUCAACAUGGUUCGGGUAUGAUGCCUAACGACCCAAGGGCUCCAAGACCUUGGUUCAACCACCAUCCUGAAACCACGGCAGAUGAUGAAAACACAAACAAGGAUGCCCCUCCACCCCUGCCUCCACCCAAAUCUCCGUCACCUCAGCCUCCUCCACCUCCGAAAAAAGAAGAGGCCAAGCCGGAACCUACCCCAAUGCCACCUCCAAUAAUAAUUCCCCCAGAACAAGAGGAGCAAUAUCGUCAGCUACAAGCGCAAGCACAAAAACAUGCCAAAAAACAGCAACGUAAGCAGAUGCAAGAGAUGUCUGGGCAACCAAUUGAUAGCACUGAUAGCGACGACAGCGAGGCGCAGACAAUGGAAAUGGAGGAAGCUGCAGAAAUGGAACAAGAUGCAGAUGCCCAAUCCCAAGCCGUAAGCCUACUACAACCGACUUUGAUAGCCAUACCCAAUAGCCAGAAUCCGACUCUACAGCCACACCCGGCGUUGUUAAUGUCACAGGGACAAGCAGCUGCAAGUCCGCUUGUUCCGCAAAUUCUGACAAGUCAGCCGCAGAUAUUGAUUCCAGCAUCAAGUCUCUAUUCUCAGUCUGGGGUACCCCUUCAGGCUGGGGCACCAGUCAUGGCGCUACCUGGCAUGCCGGGGGACACUUGGUUCAUGUGCCCACUCGUAUUGCAAUUCCAGGCGGAUUUUCAGCAAGUGCAGCUGCAGCUGCAGGUAUACAAAUUCCAGGUAUGAGCACGGGAGCCUUACCCGUUUCUGCUACAGGUUUACAUAUUCCAGGAUUGCAAACUACCCCUGGUCUUCAAAUAGCAGGGUUGAGUGGCGCUCUUCCCGGGCACAUACCUAGUCAGUUGAUAGCAGGGGCAGGAGGCCAUCAUGCCAUUGCUCCUGCUGGCCUACAGUUAGCCUCACAAUUUACACAUCCUCUCCUGGCUCAGGCAGGACACCCACAGCCUAUUAUGAUUGGAAAUCAAUUGCUAAUACCACGAAUCAUUCGACCAGCAUUAUAGUACAUGUAUUAGCCAUUCGUUGUAAAGAUCAUUGAAAGUUGUUUAACUAGUACAAAGGGGGAACCAUGUUUAAAAAAGUCUAUUUCAUCUAUUCCUCUUGCCCAGCGUGUAAAUGCAAUGUAUUUAUUAGAAUUUUGUUCCGUUUUUCUUUUAUUUAAUUUUUUUUCAAUCAUGGAUUGUUAAAAGAGGCGAUAAUUUAAGGCGUGUUUUUAAAUCUGUUACUGAUAAAUUGUAAAUAUCUACAUUGUUCUUUGACUCUUGUUUAUGUAAAUCAUUGAUUAGUAUUUUGCUUUGAUCAAAUGAUACACGCUCCUCUGACAAUUCCUGGAAUGUACCAUUUUUAUGCAACGGAUUUCAUUUAUUUAUAUAUGUAGAAAACAUCGGAAUACAACUUCCAGGAGAGUUUUUCAAUAUCGCUAUGUGAUGAAGUCCUUUGUGGAAGACUUAUUUUAGCCAGACUGUAACAGUUCCUCUUAGUUGUAUAGACUUGUAUAAAUGAUAGUGCCAUUUUUUGUAUUUUUAUUUUGAAAAUAUAAGACUCCUCCGAAAUGUGAACUUGGUGUUUUUAAGUAUGCCAUUUUACCUAAUUUUCUGAUAGAAAAAGAUCUCCGAUGAACAUGGAUUAUCCAUUGUGAUAUUGUCAUUGUGUAAACAUGUCCUUUAUGCCACAUUUGCAGGAAUGUGUAAUAUGUGUAUAUGCUCUGAUAAAACCAAGGUUUUUUUUCUGCCGUCGGUUUUAAUGAUACAUGUAUAUUACUUGGGCUGUAAAUGGGGGCCAUGUACAAUAGUUCAAGAUAUGUUUAUUUUCUUCGAAAAAUUAGCUUAUGUGCCUGUGUGAUAAUUCAUUAGAUGCAAGAAGUUUGGUAUUCGCUUUCGUGCUCUUUGAUUUGUUGCCUUACUGUUGCUGAAACCUUACCAGACAACAUUAAAAGUGCUUUCAAGUUCAGUUUUAAUAUGAUAAGCUUUUCAGACGUAACCGAUACCUCCGUAUGUUCAUAUUGGGAAGGAUGGUCUCAUGGGCUCUGGUAGAGUAAAUGUAUGCUUGUAGUCCCACAGAAAAGAAAAGAAAAAAAAAACAUUGACGGUUUUCGUCUGUGAUACCAUAUCGUACUUUGUAAUAACCCUAUGACUUUCCAGCCUGUUCAUUAAAACAUUGUGAAACGAAA